AUGUCAGUGCCGCUAGUCGGAAGCGAUACUGCGCGCGAAAAAGCUGUUGGAGCUAUCGUAGAUUCGAUGUGUCAGUUAAUUGUACUUAGCGAUAACGUUUUUGGUCAGCUUAUGACUCGCCUGGAAAGCUGUAGUAACUAUAUGUCGCAGGUCAGGGCGCAAAUUGAUCGUGUAGAGAAAAAGUUGGAUGCAGUAACGAAGAUGAAUACUGCUGUAACUAUUUACUCACCUGCAAAGUUUCCGCAAAACAAAUAUGAAAGAUCGCAGGCAGUUUUUCUUCGCGCGAAUGGAGCUUGUCUUUCUACAGAUAAAACACUUGAAUGUACUUAUAUAAAAGACCGUAUUCCUCAAACAGCAGGUUUUGAUCUGAAGGAUGCUGUCGUGGAGAAAGCAAAGUUCUACCAUGUUGGGCAGAAGCAGAAUAGGCCGGAAGCAAAAAGGCAUAUAAUACCGGAGACUGUUAAUUCGGUGGCAGAUUUACUCUUGUUCAACAUGCCCAUUAAUGUUUUCACACAUCCUGAAUAUGUUGAUCCCUUGGACAACACAACUUUUAAGACGCGGCCUUUGUUUCGGAAAGAAGCAGUCAAUGAAUCCAAGAUUUUAAUUACUGAAGGGGACUCUGCAUUGGCUGUAAGUGUAGAGGAAAAAGCAGAUCCUUUUCAGUAUGAACCAGAAUUGGGUAUUUUGCAGGAUUUUGACUUUCCUGACUUUCUUCCUGAUUUGCCAGGAAUUGCUUGCGAUCUUAUUUUCUCUGAUGCUCAAUUUGCUCCUAUUGCUCCAUCAGCGCAUGCAGAGUCUCUUUCUGAAAAUAGCGCAAAGGUUUCUGAAUCAGAGCAUGAACCUGCGUGUGCAAGAGAUUCUGCUGUACGGACAGGGCCUGGAGCUAUUCCUAGUGGCUGCGAUUCAGGUUUGACCGUACAGUCGGAUGGGGAUACUCCUCAAACUUCACAAGUUCCAAAUACAGCUGUUACGGCUUCUGGCGCUGUUGCUUCUACUCAGCCUGAAGAUUCUUCUGGAAGCGUUUCUACUUUAUUGUCUGCACCUCCUCCUCCUCCUCCACCACCACCUCCGCCACCGCUCGCUUUACCUGCUUCUGCUAAUAGUUCGCUGAAAACCGAGAAAUCUCGUCCUACGUUACCGUCUGUGGAUGUUAGUAGAUCUAAUUUGAUGGAAGCGAUUAGGCGGGCUGGUGGUACGAAAGGAGCCAAUCUAAGAUCUGUUAAAAAAAGGUCUAGUGAACCAAGUGAUGAUGUAUCUGCCUUACCGAAGCCUAGUAUUCUUCCCCCAGGAGACGACCUGAUGACAUCACUUUCGAAAGCUCUGGAAAUGAGAAGAAGAGGAAUAUCUGGAAAAAAGGAAGGGAGAAAAACGAAAUCGCGUGCUAACGUUGGUGAAGGGGCCAUGGCACGAAUUAGUGCAAUGAUACCCCCUCCUCCAAAGAGUGAAGAUCAGCCACAAGUGCCAGAUGAGUUUAAAAGGCUGCUAAUGACGGACGACGAUGAUUCGUUGAGUGGAACGGAUUCGCUUCCAGAAUACGCCACACCAAAUCCUCAUCCUUCGAGGGCCAUUUAUGGUUUCGCGUUUUUUCUUCUUUCUUGGCUUGUCCUUCCGCUGUACAUUAUAUGGGCAUUCGUUCCAACUUCUUGGCUUGAGUACUGGCAUAUAACAUAUAUUCCUGCGAAAUAUUGGGCUAUUGCUAUUCCUUUACUACUUCCCAUAGGUGUCACUGCUUUCGUCUUGCUUAUAUUCUCUAUUAACCUUAUACGAUUUCACGGCGUAUUUGAAAACGUCAAGGUCAUAAAACACGAUUUUGGAGAGCCUUCAGUCAUUGAAGAACUAGAUAUAGGAAAAUAUUUGGACGAAAGUACAGUGCCUCAUUCGUAUUGCGCGAGAAGUAAGGCUCAGGGAGGAUUAUCAAAUAGUGCUGCUAUGGCACGAAUUCGUACUCGUUGGGAAAAUGCAUCAAGAGAUGCUCUUUUACGGCCAGGUGCUUCAGACCGCGUAGUGGAUGCCACUUUAAAUUCACUCGCAGCGGAAAAAUUUGUUGAGAAUCAUAUAUCUGAUUAUGGCUCAAUUGCAGUUAAGAAGCAGGAACUCCAAGACUUAACUGAAAACCGGGAACGGCCUGAAGAUCGCACAUUGGAUUUACCGUUGAAUCCGUCGCGGGUUUUUGAAAAAGAAUUACACCAUGGUACUUUGGAUUCUAAAACAGCUGAUGGUAAAGCAAGUGUAAAUGCUAACGAGCGAGGGCGAGUUUACUAUCCAGCCGAUCGAGGUUUUUAUGUAGAAGAACAUAUGUAUAUGGAUGAUUACAUAAAAGGAACGACUUUUGAAAUACCUGAUAAUGAGAUGAAAGACGAGCUUCUAACAUAUGGUGCUGAAAAUGCUGUUGAAGUAAUUGAUUUCCAACGUCCUCAUCAAGCGCCUGUUUCUAAAGGAGCUGAAAACGAUCAUGCUUCGAACUGGUUUCCUGAUUCGAUUACGACAGCCCCUUCUGCCCCUUCAUCUACUAAAUUUUGUCAUGGAUGCGGUGCUAAGUUUCACUGCAAAGACGUUUCCCUUCCCGGUUUCUUACCUGCUGAGCUGUUUUUUGAUGUUGAUUCAGGUAGAAAUACAGAGGUAACCCUAUGUCGUCGAUGUUAUCUUUUUAAGAAGCAUAAUUUUUUGGUGAACGUUAAUGUUAGUGACGUGGACUACCGGUCAAUGAUGCAACAUCUGCGGAUGAAGCAGGAAGCUUUGAUACUUCUCAUUGCGGAUAUGACAGAUUUGCCUUUUUCUUUUUACCCUGGCUUAGGAGAAAUAAUAGGAGACAAAAAGCCAAUGUUUGUUGUAGGUAACAAAGUUGACUUACUACCUCCUGACUAUCGUCACAGGUACUUAAAGCAUUAUAGGGAUUUACUCAUUGCAACCGCUGACGAUAUGAGGUUUUCUAAUGCCUUUAAUAUUUUGCAUUUUACCUUGAUCAGUGCGAAAACUGGAUUUGGAGUGGAAGAUUUGAUUACGCAAAUUCACCUGAAAUGGGCCUCGAAGCGCGACUCUCUUCGUAGCGACAUAUACUUAGUUGGAUGUACCAAUGCUGGAAAAUCGACCCUGUUUAAUACUUUUUUGCGAUCGGAUUUGUGUAAGGUGCGCGCACUAGACUUAGUGGAAAGAGCGACAACGUCGAUAUGGCCUGGCACCACUAUUUCGUUACUUAAGUUCCCAGUUAUGAAAAUCGCUCCUCACAGACUUGAAAUAAGACGUCGUCGGUUGCUGGCGAAUCGUAAAUGGGAGUACAAAGAAAAUAAAUUAAGGCGUGCUUUUCUCAAAGAGACUGGAGAUGUGAAAUAUGCUGUGCUACAAGCUAACGUUGGGAAUUCUUACAAGGUCAGAGAAGAAGAGCUCCAACCAGUAUCAGUUCUUGACAUUCGUGAGCGGGAAGAGGGAAGACGGCCAAACCGCAAAAAAGAGAACACAAAAGUUUGGAACCCGGAUGAUCCAAUAUUUGCUGAAGGAAAUUGGUGUUAUGACACUCCUGGUACUGUUAAUAGUGAACAGGUCCUGAAUUUGUUCACACUUGAUGAACUCAUACUAGUGCUACCAAGAAAGUUGAUCUUGCCACGUACUUUCAUCCUUCAUGCCGAUGAGACACUUCUUCUUGGGGGUGUCGCCCAAAUCAAUAUCACUGAAGUUUCAUUACAAUUUGGAGAUUCACUUUCUGUUUUUGCAAGUGAUAAUCUUCCUGUAAAUGUGAUGCCUUCAAGCAACGUAAAGUCGUUUUUACACGAAUACUUCGGUACUAAAGUUCUAGUUGCCCCGUUUGGAGAUACCUUGCGAUUGUCUCGAUUUCCAAAGCUGAGCGGCAAAAAAUUUGAAGUCGCAACUGUCGGAGCUGAAGUUGGAAGUGUUGAUAUUGUACUUUCUUCUCUUGGAUGGGUUUGUUUAUCAGCUAAAAAAGGAACGGUUAAAUUUGAAGCUUUCACUCCUGCAGGAAAAGGUAUUGCUGUGCGUACUCCUCCAUUGUAUCCGUACUGUGCUAGCACGAGAGGCCGACGUAUUGCCGGAACAUCUGCAUACAGGGUUCCACAGCUAAAAUUACUGUUGCAGGUUGAAAAAUGA